AUGUCGUGGGAUGGAAGUGAAGAUGGACAAAACCAAAUAAGAUUGAAGCGGGUCACUGACAACGUGGUGGUUGGAGAAGACACUCGCCUCCAUGAAGCGAGUAAAAGAUCUCUCUGUCUGAUCGUGGAUCUGUUCUGUCGAGGCUGCCACUCUGUGCUUGGAAUGGUUUACGCAUCAACGCCUAAGAACCUCGACCACAAGAGGUUUACAUUCUGCUUGAAUGUAGCCGACAUUGACAGCUAUGUGCUUGGCUCUGCUAGCCAGAUGUUGGCAGCAGAGGGCCCCAAAGAGCAGCCAGUCACACUGGAGUACAGAGGCAACGUUGAACAGCAGCUGACAGAGAUGAAAAUGCUGGUCAUGUCCAUGGCACAGCGGCUGGAGGAGAUCGACGCUGGCCUUCAGGACGGAUGCGAUGUGGCAUGA